AUGGAUUCAGAAGGUUUUACGUCUCGUGCGUGGUUAAGUCACUGGGUCUCGGGUGAAGACGAACCUGUUAAUAAUUACUAUGAAGAUCAUAAACUCAUGGAAGGCGCACUAAUUAAACUCGGUGAUUACGCGCAUUUCCGCUACUUUUUACUCUUUCGAAACGGUCGUUUCUGUUAUUACGAGCUUCCAAUGCCUGCAGCUGCACCUGGAGGAGGGGAGGAGGAGGAGGAGGACCUGAUGGACCAAGACGUGUUCAUCUUACACUCACCUCCAAGCAUUUACGUGCGUGGCCUUGUAUUUAAUCGAAAGAAAUUAGAGAUGCAAUUGACAGGCUAUUCACCUACUGGACAACUCAUGUGCUGGAAAUUACGAGCUGGGAAGGAUGCCGUGUACUUGAAAUGGGAACGGGCAUUUCGAUUGGCAUUGCGUCCAAUUUGGGUACAAAAUUCCAAGUGGUGUAUGGUUUGCAAGAAAGAAUUUAGCUUUUUCAUUCGUCCACAUCAUUGUCGCAAGUGUGGCACGUGUAUGUGUGACGAGUGUUCAGUCUUUGUCCCACGAUUGCCGAUACAAGGAUAUUAUGAUGAAGUUCGAAUUUGUCGAGACUGCUCACCUGUCAAGAUUCAGCGAUCGGCGUUAAAACUAGGCACGCAUGUGUUGGUAUACGGUAUUUUAGUUGGCAGAGUCGUGCAGGUUGAUGCUGCAGAUGACUCCGAGGACGGAAGAGCGUUUGUGAAUGUGGAGCUUGUCAAGAAGGACAACCAGUUGCGGCGGUUUCCACUGGAGCAUGUGGAGCUCUACUCUGACGUCGUGCUAUCGGCCAAUCGCAUUAAGAACGCCAUUCGCCAGCAUUUAUCGUACACUGUCUUUCGAACGCAGCUUAAUUUUAACACAUGGAAUUUACUGGAAACCGUUCAAGAACAACGUACAGUACAGAUGGUACGAAUACUCAACAAGUCGACAAGUAUCAAUGAGUUGCAAUCAAUGGUGCCAAUGCUUGGAUCAUUAGACGUGAUGCAGUUUCCUGACGACGAUAUCUCUGAAAAAGAUCGUGUGACAAAGUCGCUUUCGCAUUACCGAGGUGUCCAUGUUGCGUUUCCGUUGCGGUUGGACACGGUAAAGAGGCUUAUUAAUCAGUUUCGCAAUGGCAUUUUGCUACACCGCGUUUAUGUCCGGCAAAUUCUGGAUGAAUCGGAAAAACUCUUUCGAACCAUGCAUGUGACACCCAUGAAUGAGAUUGAGAUACCAAUGGGUGUGCAGUUGGUCGUAGUUGGCGAUUUGCAUGGACAAUUAGAGGAUUUGCUUACGAUUAUGGACAAGAAUGGUGUGCCUAGCAGCAACAUAUGGUAUCUCUUUAACGGUGACUUUGUGGAUCGCGGAUCACACGGAAUCGAAGUGAUCUUGCUCCUGCUAAUAUUCAAGCUAUUGUACCCCAAUUUCGUUUUCUUGAACCGUGGUAACCACGAAGAACGAAUGAUUAACGAGGUUUUUGGAUUUGAAGAUGAAAUAUAUACGAAGUAUGGUACAGACAACGAUGAGGUCGUUGGGUGGAGUGGUCUGGGUACUUCGCUGAACUACUCACCAUUGAAGCUCUUCCAAAUGUUCGAGACAGUGUUUGGCUUAUUCCCGAUCUUUGCGUUGCUGAAUAAGCGAGUCUUUAUUGUGCAUGGUGGCUUAAGCAAUCAUGAAAACGUCACGAUUGAGGAGUUGCUCCAGCUUGACCACAGACGUGAGAUUCCGACUCAAGGUACAAGCCGUGCAGACGAGAUCUUUACGCAUUUAUUGUGGAGUGAUCCACGCGACGAAGACGGGUGGAAAUCGUCAAGCCGUGGGGCUGGUGUGGAAUUUGGUCCUGACAUUACGAAAGCGUUUUGUGCGCAGAAUGAAAUUAGCCUCAUCAUUCGGUCGCACGAAUGUCGAGAAGAAGGUUUUGACAUUCUUCACGACGGACUACUUCUGACUGUUUUUUCAGCAUCAAGCUACUGCGGCUCCCAGACUAAUAAGGGUGCCUACGUUCAGCUAGAAUUGGGAGAGGACAACAAUGUUAAGCCACACGUGGUCCAGUUCACUUCGCAGCCGCUUCAAAAACUCAAGGAUGCAGGGAGGAACGAGUGGCGAAAAAAAGCACAGCGAUUGGAGCGAAGAACUUUGAUGUCUCUUGUUGAGAUAAUUUGUGAAAAGAAGAAUGCGCUGCUGACUGCUUUCAUCGAGCUGGACACUACUGGGUCCGGAUACGUGACGAAAUUGGAGUGGAAAGCAACUUUACAGAACGUAUUGGGUAUUCAAGCGAGCUUCCUCUCGUAUUUCCGUCAAUUGGCGGAGGAAAACCAGCAUGGUUGUGUUGACUAUCAGAGAUUUCUCAAUCGCUACACUGUUGAGCUGGAUGGUGGCAAUGUGGAAUGGAGGCGUAAUUUGAUCCGGAAGGUCUGGGUGGGGUUCUGCCAAGCGCUUCCCCGUCCGUCCGAGACGGACGCUGAGAAGAUAACGCUGCAGGACAAACUACAUUUUGCAUUCAAUCUUUUCCACUCCUCUUCGUGUGGGGCGGCCAAGACGCAACAUGCGUCAAAACCUGCGUCAAACGCCGAUGAAACUGAACCAUCUUGUAGUACCUCCUCUCAUGGUGAUAAGUCAAAUGAAAAUUACGUGCACAAUGGUCUGGUCACGUACGAGGCGUUCCGGAAUACUAUCCAAGGCAAGUUGCAGCUGGGCGACACACUUUCCGAGCAACAGAUCUUUGAGCUCAUGCAACACCUUGAUCAGAACCACGAUGGUGUGGUCGACUAUCAAGAGUUUUGCUCGUUCUUUGCCGAGUUUAGUCGCACCGAUUAUUUGCAAGAAAUCUUCGAGGUCGACGACACAAAGGCUAUAUCACUUUUGAAUCGCUGUGCUACACUUUUGCAGCAUUCGAACACGUGUGCAUCGCUGCGAGAUGCGUUCGACGCAUUUGAUCACAGCAAAAUGGGUAAAUUGUCUGUGGACGAUAUCCUAAAGGGAACACAGGAGCUAGGCAUGGUGCCAAAGCUUGAUACCGAAGAAGCGCAGCUACUAUUUAACUCGAUUCUACUGAGCUAUUACGGCAUCAACGAGCGACGCCAAUGGGAUAAGCGAGGAUUGAACUGGAUUGUGUUCGAGGACACGUUCUCACCUGACAGCACGUUUCAACGGCGUCUGUGGCUGGCAAGUGUGAGUGCCUCAAACUCAAAUUUGGCUGCUCUAGACGUUCACGAGUCGACGAACGGAGACGAUGAUACUGUCCAGGAGGGGCAAUUUUCAAAGAAUCAGCCAUGGGCCGACACUUUUGUUGAUAGCGUGAAACAAUCACUGCAUGAGCAACGAUUGUACAUCAAGUUCUUGUUCCGGAUACUGGACCGUAAAAGACAUGGGUAUGUGACCAAGGAGCAGUUUAUUGCUACAAUGCAAGCCAUUAACGAAGAGCACGGGGCGCCAUUGAAACUCCUUCAGCUCGAGCAAUUGGCCGAUGCAUUUGCUUGUCGUAAGACCGCUCGACGGAUUUCAAACGCAGGUGAAGAGAUAGAAGAGACACGUACAUAUGUUUCGUAUCCAGAAUUUCUUCGUAGUUUACGCAUUAUUGACUCUGGACCAACGGAUGCCAAUGUCGCUCAACCACAAGUGCAAGAUAUUAAUGACGCAAGUAAUUAA